AUGCCAGAACAAAGUAACGAUUAUAGAGUGGUGGUGUUUGGAGCUGCUGGUGUUGGUAAGAGUUCGCUGGUUCUUCGCUUUGUAAGGGGAACCUUCAGGGAAACAUACAUCCCAACUGUUGAAGAUACUUACCGCCAGGUGAUCAGCUGUGACAAGAACAUCUGCACCCUUCAGAUCACAGACACCACUGGAAGUCACCAGUUCCCUGCCAUGCAGAGGUUGUCCAUCUCCAAGGGCCAUGCAUUCAUGUUAGUGUACUCUGUUACCAGCAGGCAAUCCAUUGAAGAGCUCCAGGCAAUCUAUGACCAAAUCUGUCAGAUCAAAGGAGACAUCCAGAAGGUCCCCAUCAUGUUGGUGGGAAACAAGAGUGAUGACACCCAGCGAGAGGUGGAUGCCAAUGAAGGAGAAGUCCUGGCCACCAAGUGGAAAUGUUCCUUCAUGGAGACAUCUGCCAAAAUGAACUAUAAUGUUCAAGAACUCUUCCAAGAACUUUUAAAUCUGGAGAAGCGAAGAAGUGUAAGCCUCCAGGUGGAUGGUAAGAAAUCGAAGCAACAGCGGAAGAAGGAUAAACUGAAAGGCAAAUGUUCUGUCAUGUGAAGUGCAGGUAUUUUGACCUCCUGUGCAAUCGAAAGAGGCAGAGAGACUCAUUCUUGGCAGUGCAUUCUCAUACAUUCUGGGAUACGGAUAGACACAGAGUUUCCAUGGGCAAAGGAUUGCUGUUAGGUUUUGUUUGCUUGCGUGUUUGUUUUUAAAGUCUCAUUCUUAAACUUUGGCCAGAUUAUUAAAAUAUUUACUUGAGGACA